AUGAGGACUUUGAAUGGCGAAAAUAAGGAGCGGGAGAGCGGGGAGGGAGAGCCCCCUCUGGAGAAGGACGUGGACGUGGCCCGGCUGUGGCGAGACGCCGCCCUCCGGUCCCGGAAGCUGCGCAGCCACCUGCGCCAGGCGCCACCCCGCCCCGAAGAGCAGGACCUGUCGCAGGUGGAGACCCUCAACCUGGGCAACAACCUCUUGCAGGAUCUGCCCCAAGGCCUGGCGUCCAGCCUGGACAACCUGCGCGUGCUGGUGCUGCGCCGGAACCGCUUCUCCAGCGUGCCGCGUGCCGUCCUGGAGCUCCCGCGGCUGGCCGAGCUGGACCUGAGCCACAACCGGCUGAGGGGCGUGGCCGACGGCCUGGCCGAGAGUUUGCCCGCGCUCAAGAAACUCAACUUGGCUCACAACAGUAUCCUCCAGCUACCCGAGCGCAUCGCCGCCUUGGCGCUCCUGGAGGAACUGGACGUCAGCUUCAACGAGCUGCGGAGCCUGCCCGCCUCGUUCGCAGACCUGGCCGGGCUUCGCGCGCUGGACCUGGACCACAACCGGCUGGCCGGCUUCCCUCCUGAGAUCCCGGCGCUGGCCGCCUUGGAGGAACUGGACUGCUCGGGGAACAGCUUUGACGUCCUGCCCCAGGACGUGGCCCGGCUGAACAGUGUAAAGAUCUUGUGGCUGAGCAACCUGGAGCUUAGCUCGCUGCCGGACGCUUUCUGCCAGCUGCGUCGCCUAGAGAGCCUGAUGCUGGACGGGAACCACCUGGCCACGCUGCCGCCCGCUUUCGGCACCCUGCGCACGCUGAAAAUGAUCAACUUGUCUUCCAACAGACUUGACGACUUCCCAGAUGUUCUGCUGGACAUUUCGGGGCUGGAGGAGCUUUACCUGAGCAGGAACCGACUGACCCGAGUGCCGUCGGAAAUCGCCCGCUUGCGCAACCUGGUCAAUCUCUGGCUGGACCACAACCGCCUGACUUACCUGCCCGACUCGCUGGUGGACCUGGCUAAGUUGGAGGAGCUGCUCCUCCAGGGCAACCAAAUCGCCGUCCUUCCCGACCGCUUUGGAAAACUGUCGGGGCUCAACGUUUGGAAGGCGGAGGGCAAUCCACUGGUCCAGCCUCCGUAUGAGGUGUGCGCCAAGGGGAUUGCGCACAUCGCCGCCUAUCAGCGGGACCUGGCCCGUUCACGCCCGGAGGCCCGGCCCAGACUCAACGUGGUCCUGCUGGGGCCGAGGGACGCCGGGAAGACGUGGUUGCGACAGAUCCUGCUCGACGGCGGCGGCCCGGACGUUGGUGCCGAGCGGGGAAUCCACGUCUCUGACUGGGCGGCGGCGGAGGGCGACCCGGCCUUCCGGCUCUACGACGUGUCCGCGGAGUCUGAGCUGGACCCGGUCCGGCCCCUCUUCCUGUCCCCCGCCGCGCUCUACAUCCUGGCCAUCAACCUGCGUUCGUACUCGCCGCGUGACUUCUACGCCAGGGUGGGCUACUUCCUCCGCUUGCUGGGCUCCAAGGUGCCCCGGGCCGUGGUACUGCUGGUGGGCACGCGCACCGACCUGUGCGUGGAGGCUGAGCUGGAAGAGAAGAAGCUGGACAUCCACCGACAGGUGGGCAUGCAGGAGACCGGGGACGCGCGGGUUCUGAGGAGCUCGGCGCUCAAAGCGGAGCGGGCACUGCGGCGGGGUUACCCCGCCCGUGCUUCCGGCCCGCGCGGCUACUUCUACGCUGUGUCCGAUGGCAACCUGCGGCGGGAGGUGGCCCGGCUGCGUUCCCUCCUGGAGAAGCGCCCGCAGAUCCUGUCCCCGCUGCUGAGCGACGUCCGUCGACUGAGGGAGAAACUCGUGCGUCUGGCCCGGAACACAGAGAUCUUCCCUGAGCUCCAAAGGGCACCGCCCGGGUCCUGGCAGACACUGGAGAAGCUGCACCUGGACUCCAAAGAACCUUGGCUGACCCGGAAGGACUCUGCCCGGCUGGGCCGUCAGGCGGGGCUGACUGAGGAUGGCCUGCAAAGCGCCUUGUCCUACCGGCGCCGCGCCGGGACGCUGAUGCACUGGGAGCACGACCCCGUCCUGGAGGACUACAUCUUUCACGAUGUCCCGCGCUUUAUCGGCAUCAUUGACGCAUUCCUCCCAAGGGAGCGCCGGCAAGGGGAGGACCCGGAGCUGGACGCUUUUCGCUACCGUGGACUGUUGCCGGCCGGCGCAGUCCACCGGCUGCUGCGCCCGGUUCUCCCGGAACCAGGGGACCCAGACAGUGUCAUGGACCUUCUGGAGAAGAUAGGUUUCUGUUAUUGCGUCAACAAGCCCCGCGACGGGGAACCCCCGAACGGCGGCGCCGAGCUCUGGUACAAGUUUCCCGGAUGCGAAGGCUCGGGAGCAGAACCCGGCAACACUCGCUCUGAGAUGGAACUCAACGACGGGAGCUCAGACCGGGAACUUCACGGUAGCUCUGAUUCAGAACCCGAAGACGGGAGCUCCAACUCUGACCUCGGCGGGAUCUCUGAGCCGGAACCAGAUGGGAGCUCGGACCCGGGACCCGACGCCAGCCGCGCUUGUCCCUUGUCUUCGGCCGAGCGGCUGGAGAUCCGCUACAGCUUCCCCUUCCUUUUCCCACCCGGACUCUUUGCCCGCUUCUGCGCCCGUAUUAACAGACAUGUGGCACGGAGGUGGGAUGGCCGGCGCCGUGUCCUGGCCUAUCGGGGAAAAGUCCCAGUGGCGGUUAGCCACCGGCUCCCGGCGGGCGGGCGCCCCCACACCCUGUCGGUCGGCAGCCAAGCGGCGCUGCCCAACAUGUGGACGGCGUGGCAGGCCGUGGCGCCGCUGCUCAGCGAGUUGGACGCCCUGCUGGGGGACUGGCCUGGUUUACACUACCAAAAACACAUCCUGUGCGCCAAAUGCCUGCGCAGAGGCUCGGCCAGCCCGCACGCCUUCCCGGGGGAGCUUCUAUCUCAGCGCCGUCCCGAAGGUGUGAGUGAGCUGAUGUGUCCCAAACAUUUGUCGGAGCGGGUCAACGUGGCUUUGAUCUACCCGCCCACGCCAGCAGACACGCCCCCAACUACGCCCACGGCUGCUCCGAUUGGCUCCGAAUGA